AAAUGGUCCUCAUCAGUACCCCACCACCAGCUUACGCUCAUAACAGAAAAACAUCACAGGAGAAGAAACGACGAGAUGAGAUUAAUGCAAAGAUCAAGGAGCUUCAACUAUUGAUUCAAAAUGAAUCGGAUAAUGAGAAAAUGACCCAAGGUGAUGUCUUAAACCGUGCAGUCGAAGUGGUCAGUCGCAUGGAAACCGAAUCACCUGGACCAUCAUCAAAUCCAAAUCGCAAAGGAUUCUUUGACGGAUUCCGAUCAAUCGAGUCGCUCACUUAUUCCUUCAUCAAAUCCCUGGGCGUCAAUUCAGAUGUCUGUCAGGAUUUUGUGCAACGUGCCAAGCAGUUUUUCGAUCGAGAACGUUCAUCUUUGCUGAGCACUGUAUCUGGAAAAUCAAAGAGAAGAUCUGAGUCGGAAAUUCUCCACUCUUCAAUGAGCUAUAGAUCCCAGUCAAGCUCUCCAUCGACAUCGGAAUCUGGAAUCACAAUUGAUAGAAAGGAAGUGAAAAAGAAUAGAGAGCAAGAUAGAAGAGAUCGUCAGGGAGAAGCUUUUGAUGCUUUGAAGAACUUUAUCAUUGAGAACAAGCUCAUGACAUCUCAUCAAGUCGAAAAAAUGCAACGCUUGAACACCCUGGAUAUCAUAAUUGCCUACAUUCAAAACAAGAAGCACAAUUUUGUUAGUCGAAGCGACCAGGAGCAGUCACUCUAUGCACAUGCAAUUGCAGAGGGAAAGAAGACUGCAAAAAACAUUGCCUUCCAAUUUUUCAAGAGCGACCGUCACCUCGUUGUCCGAUGCGCAGACCUUGAAAAGUUCUUCGAAUUCUCCUUAUCACCAAAGCCACUCUUUGGAUUCCCAUCCAUGCCCAUCCCAAUUCCACCACCAUCAUUCCCAAUCUUCCCAUUCCGGCCAUUCCCAUUCUUCCCAAUGCCAAUGGCACCAAUGGCAACAAGUCCAAAAUCUCAACAGUCUCCAUCAUAUUCACUGGAUUCUCCACCACCAUCAUCCGAUACUUCUUCGUCAUCAAUCGAAACACCAUCCACUCCAAAUGAGAACUCGAAUUCCAAUCCUAAAGCUUCAAGAAAGAGUAAGCUGUUCAGACCAUGGGAAUAACUUUUCUAAAAAAUAUAUCUCCUUUAAUUGUAAUUUAGUGUUAAAAGUAUAUAUUCUUAUUAAUAAUUUAUCAACCUCAAAAUGUUAUCGACUUUUUCAACUUAUCAUAUCAUUAUCAUCUCACAACCAAAAUCUAGUUUUAUUGUCACGGGCUAUUAAGCUUACCGGUAGGUUUUAUAAAUCCUUAAUUGUUGUUUUCCCUCAGUAUUCAUAAUAUUUAUAUUGAAUUUUCCGAUUUUCAGUGAUUUUGAAGAUUAAAUGACUGCAGAAUAAAGUAUUUAUUAUC